AACGCUACCUCAAAGAUGUUGAUCUUUCCGUUAAGCAGAUCCGGCUUAGCCAAAUUCCGGCCUCUUCACCGACCUUUCUCACAGAAAAUCAUAAGUCAGGACAAGCAAACCAAACCCUAUCGCAAGCCCAACAGUCCCGCCAGUCCAGUAAGUUGCACAUCAGACACUUUCCCUACGAAAUGCGAUGUGGCGAUUAUCGGCGGCGGUGGGAUGGGGUCUUCCACGGCUUACUUUCUCAAAAAGAAAGCCGGACGCGAUCUGAAUGUUGUUGUAGUGGAGCGAGACAGUGCGUACAAGAAAGCGUCGACACCGCUAUCGGCGGGAUGCUUGCGCCAGCAAUUCACUGUCGAGGAAAAUGUGUUGAUGUCUCGGUUCGCGGCGGAAUUCCUGCACUCAUUCAGGUCAGAGAUCGGUGACGAGGUUGAUCCUAAUUUCAAAUCGUACGGAAACCUCUACAUGGUGGAUGAGAAGAAUGCGGAGAGACUUGCACAGGGAGUAGCGCUUCAAAAGCAGCUCGGGGUUAAGAGUGAUCUCCUAUCGAAUGAUCAGUUGAAGGCAAAAUUUCCGUGGAUCAACCCGGUUGGGGUCGGUUUAGCUUCUUACGGUUGCGUGGAUGAAGGGUGGUUCGAUCCCUGGGCACUGCUGACCGGACUGCGAAAGAAGGCGCAGGCACUGGGAGCCGUUUAUGUUGAUGCUGAAGUGAUCGAUUUUGAGUUCAAAUCGAAAGACGGAGCGGAAUAUGAUGCGGUAGACAAGAUCGUUGUCAGGACAGCCAAAAACGAGCAAAGAACGAUUGAGUUCGAUAAGUGCUUACUGUCUGCAGGCGCUUUUUCCGGUGAACUAGCGAAAAAGGCGAGGAUAGGAACGGGAACUGGACUUUUAAGUACGUCUUUGCCAGUCGAGCCAAAGAAGCGUUACAUCUACGUUAUAAACUCUCAAGGUCAAAACGGCCCGCCGUUAACAGGUCCCCAAGUCCGCGAUACGUCGCAAGUCUACUUCCGUCCGGAGGGUCCAAACUUCAUCACCAGCCGAUCGCCACCGGAUGACCGAGAGCCUUCUGUCGACAAUCUUGACGUCGAUUUGGACUUUUUCGAUACUGAUAUUUGGCCGCACUUGGCAUAUCGCUUCCCCGCUUUUGAGUCCCUGAAGGUAGUUGGUUCGUGGGCGGGAUAUUACGAUCAGAACACGUUCGACCAGAAUGGAGUCAUCGGGAAGCAUCCGGCGUACGACAAUUUCUACAUCGCGGCAGGAUUCAGUGGACACGGCAUACAGAAGGUUCCGGCGGUUGGACGGGGCAUGGCUGAGCUGAUUGUAGACGGCCGUUUUAAGAGCAUCGACCUCAGCAUAUUCGGCUUCGAACGACUGAUCGAGCGGCGACCGGUGCAGGAGCUGGCAAUCGCCUGAAACUGUUUAAGUGAAAUUAAAGGACGAAAACGGUUAUUCUACGAAUUAGUAAAUAUAUUUCAUGUUAAGCAAUUAAAUCGACCGAAUCAAUUCGAAAUAAACGAAAACUUGGAAAACCCUAAC